AAUACAACCACUACUACAUAUUUGACCAAAUGUAACGGCUAAUGACAGGCUAAUGCAACGCCAUUUGUAUUGUCGUUGCAAUAAAUUAGGCUAAUGCAACGGAUCUUUCUUUUUAACUUCACUAAGUAGAGCUAAUACAACGGCUGUUGAGAACCGUGGCGUUAGAUCAAUUAAUGUGACGGGUAAAUGGCUACUGCAACGACACACCCAAAAAAAAAUUAACGCCCUGAAAAUUCCCUCUAAUUUUUUCCCCAAAAUUUAGAACGCCUUAUACUCUGAUCCAACCCUUAUACCCCUUUUUAUUACUAUUCCUUUUUUCUUUUCAGGUUCUUCCAAAAAAAAAAAAAAAAAAACCCAGAAUUGCUCUCUGCCCCUCUUUCUCUCCUCAAAAUCUAUGGCAAUUCUAUACAAUUACGAAGAACUCUAUCCUCAACAACCACCGUAGAAGAAUCGACUCUAAAACCGUAAUCUUCAACUCUCGAUCCUUUUAGUUUGCUAGGGUUUCUUCAAUCAGCCAUUGAUUUCGUCACCAAAGAGACGGAUUUUUUCGGCGAAACUCUGAGAAAGGAGGUUGUUUGUUCACUUGAGAAUGUGUGGGAGAUGCUUCAGGUAAAGGUAGAUGAGAAGGAGUACAUUUUUAUCGUAGUUGUUGCAUCUGCUUUAAAACCCAGAUCUUAAAACCACCAACAAUGGCGUCGGCUAAUCUAGAAAUGGCGCAACCACCACCUGCACCACCACCGUGGUCAUACACCGACCUCUUUGGCGACCCAAUCUACGAUUUAACCCAGAUCUUCAAGAAUGACCUCUUUCUCCCUCCUGAUUUCGACUUCAAAGUUCGUACCCUUCGACACUCUUCUCCAAGAUUUCAUUUUCUAUCUCUUCUGCCGUCUACAUUCGUCGCAAUGGCCAAGAGAACCAAGAAGGUUGGUAUUGUCGAAAAAUACGGUGAGUAUUUUCAAUUUUGUUUGAAUGUAAUCUUAUUGUAUUUCAAUUAUGUUACAUUGCAUGAAGUAAUUCUUAGAUUAUGAAUAGAAGGAAUGACAUGAUUUUUAAUGGAAAAGACACUUACCACCCUGUGAUUAUUGAGCGAGUUUACAGACUUGCCUCUGAUUGUGGCCUCUAUGCACAAAAGAUUUAUGGUGGUGCCAAGACAGCUACCUGUAGAAGCUUGAAGAAAUGGGUUCUCCCACACGAGGGAACGAAUAAACUCAACUGCGAUGCCUCGCUGAACGUUGAGGGGUGGGUGGGGCUUGGUGUUGUUGCAAGAGACUGGCAGGGGGAGGUGUUGUUCACUGCUUCCAGGCGCACCAGAGCUUAUUGUCCCCCUGUUAUGGCAGAAAGCAAAGCUGCUCCUAUGGCAGUCAGAUUUGCCAAACGCUUUGGCUUGAAGGAUGUUAUUCUAGAAGCAAACUGUCAAGUCCUUAUCUCCAGAUUAUCAAAGGCCUCGGUUUACCUCACUGAUCUUGAUGCUAUUUUAGAUGAUAUAUUGUCUUCUUGUGUUGAUUUUAAUUCUGUUUUGUGGUUCCAUGUUGAGCGAGAUAGGAAUAUGGUUACCCAUAACUUAGCUUGUUUUGCCUUACGAUUUUGAACAAGUUUGGGAGAACCUUUGUCCCAUUACGGGUAUUUUUUUUUUAAAGGUAAUGAAUUAUGACCAUAAUAUGAUUGAUUUAGGUUGUUUAGUGCUGAUUAUGUUCAUAGAAAUCAUUCUAGAUGACUGCAUAUGAUAAUCUUUGUUUAGAACAGCUUUGUAUAUGAUUAGAGAUGGGUAAUUUGAAGUUCAAUACAUGUGGUAUCAGCCAUCAGGAUUUUAUUUUUGUUUGCUGUUGUGUUGGGUUAGUAGAUUGAAAGUGUAUGUAUGGGUGUAUCUGAUCAAUUGAUGCUUAUUGUUGCAUUGUUCAGGUACCCUUUAUGGUGCUAGUCUGCAUAAGCAGAUUAAGGAGAAGGAAGUAAGUCAGCACAACAAGUAAUUCUGCAAGUUCUGAAUAUGGGGAAGAAAGGAGCAUAACCCCUAGCCUGGAAAGCAGAAUGCCUGAAUUGAUCGUAUCACAGCAAGACUUAAUAAGACACGACACAAAUAUAUAAUUUUGAUACUUUUUUCAUAGUUUAAUUAGAGACAUAUUGUAUAAUUUUGUAAUUUUCCCUAAGGGUAACAAACUAACAAUGUACAAUUCUACAAUUUAUAUUAAUAAAGUUUGGAUUUGA